AUGCUCAAUCCAAUUAUUUAUUCAUUCACUGUGAAAGAAUACAAACGAACAGCACUCAAGAUGGUGCUACCCCUUUGGAAGAUUGCACAUCGCUGUGUACCGCCGCUUGUACGUGCUCCACCGGAACAUCUGACAUCGAAAUUUCUACGUAACGGUGCAAGAGCCGAACGUUUCAAGCCACGUGUUUACGCAAAACGUACUGUACGUAUUCGUGUGCCGACCGUUCGAAAUUCCUUCAAAAACCGGCGUCAAAAAUCAUCCGAUGCAAAAUCGGAGGAAACAACAACGACCGCUGUACUGAACGGAACAACAUCUACUGAGGGAAACGCAAUACCGGCAAAGGACUGGAGUAGCAGUGUGGAUGGAGAUACCAUUGAACGUGAGGAAGAAGUGGACCAAGUGAUCGAGGAUCAGCAGCUGAUACGAGCGCAGAACCUGGGAGACGAUAUUCGCAGCCGGGAUACCUCGAAGAAGAACCUCCCAAAACCGUUCAUAUCGAAGAAAGGAAAGUUUAACAAAGCGAAACCACCAUCUCUGUUGCCAGUUAAGGAGGAGGAAGCUUUUGCGCAAGUUACCGACCUGUAA